UGUGGUCCUUCUUGGAGCAUCCUUGACAGCGGCGGAGGCCUCAGGAAGACUACAUCUCCCAGCGUGCCUGGCGGCCGGCUUCCAACACUGCGCCGCGCUAUUGGGCGCUUCCUCGGCGGCCGCCAAUCGGGCGCGGGUUUGUAGGCCGGUCCAGAAGAGCGUGGUGUCUUUGAGUUUGUGCCCUGUGCUGUGUGGAGAGACUAGGCUUUUCCCUCCUGCUCUUGGUGCCGGCGUGAUGGGCAGUAGCGGGAGCAGCCAGGGCAGGAGGAAGGUGUCCUUCGAGCUGGACGAGGAGGACCGCGUGCGGGUCCUGCAGGGCAUCAGGCUUUCUGAAGAUGUAGUGAACAGAAUGAAACAACCUUGUCAAACUAAAAAGGAUCAACGAGCACCACCCAUCCCUCCGUCUCCCAUAUUGCAACCUGCAGAAGGGAAAUCUAAGGUGCCAACAGGGAUUUCUCCACCUACUCCAGACAGUUUGGGUCGAAAGCCAUCUGAAGCAGAGGAGGAACUGUACAAGAGGUAUGAACAGGAGCAGGCCAUGGUUCAAGAAGAGCUGCUCCGACUGGCCAAAAGGGAGCGUGAGGCAGCCACUGAGAGUCUAAAUGUAACUCUUCAGCGGGAGAGGAGUAACACCAAUGAAGAGAAGCAGAAAACAUCUCAGAUUCCUGCAGAUUUAGAUGCCUGGUCCAAGGAGCUGCAGUGGAAAGAUGAGGAGCUGAAGCGCAGAGACACCUUCUAUAAGGACCAGUUGGCCCACAUUGAAAAGAAGAAUUCUGAAAUCUACAAAAUGACUUUGUCUCAGUUCAGUGAUGCAGUUACUAAUGCAGAAGAUCGUAUUAGGCGGAGGAAUACACAGCCUAUAUGUGCAAAUCUGCAAGAAGCAAUCCUGACAUGUUACAAUGAAAAUAAACACCAAGUGCUCAACUGCUCAGAUCUGGUCAAGGAGUAUCAGCGUUGUGUUAGGCUAGCACAAAAGAGUCCCAUAUGAGCUACCAUCAACUCUGGCAGUACCAUCUGAGCUGGAGAGGGCUGAAGAUUGCAAUUAAAGGUUAACAAUUCCCGUGUCUUAUGUGGCAGCUUCUCUCCAAAGUCUGAAAUGGAGGUGUCCAAGAACUUUUUUUAGUAAUGUAAUAGUGUGGAUUGUAUUAGCAACCUUAUCCAGUGUAAGAUACAUACAACACAACUGAGUUAUGUUCCUGUUUUUAUAUAUUUGCUCUUUGCUGUUGCUUCUCAGGCUGUUACUUAUUGGCACAGACAAUCCUGAAUUGUUAAUCCCAGUAGUGUCUGAAAGAGGAAUUCUCCAGACUCUCUCAUUGUAAUUCUUUCCCCUCUAGGCCCACUGUAUCAGCUUCCUGACACAGCACAAAUCCCUCAGCUAAUUCCUGUUAACAGUACCCAUGUUAUCUCUUUCAGAUAGUUAGCCCCAAAUCCCACAAAACAUUACAGUGUUUGCACCCAGGAUGGCUUGUGUGGGUGCUAAAGUGCUCCCAUGUUGGAAAGUGGGAAGCUGCCCUGAUGUAUGUGACCUGCUAAACACAAUUGGAAAGAGUGACUGAGAAGAUGCCAUCACUGGGACUAAGAGGAAAGUAUUUCUUGUCAGGGGACGUAUCUUCCUUUUCUGGUGUUCCCGAUACUUCACAUGGAAAUAUUGUUCUCUAAUGUAACAGCCUUAUGCAAAGAAAUUGUCUGAAUUAAUGGUUUUUAUAUUUCAAUGUAGUAUUUAUCAUAGUUUUUAUUGGAAUGAAAUUAAGAUGAAAUUAGAAAUGAAAAUAACUUUAAUUAUAAAUGGCAUGAUCCAGUCUGUUGUAAAUCCCCUGGCAUAAUAUUGUGCCAUAAAAGUGCUAUUUUCUGAUAACGAUUAUUAAAAUUAACAUGCUUCAAGUGCUA